AUGAAGUACCUCGCUGCCUACCUUCUCCUCACUGCUGGUGGUAAGACCGCCCCUACUGCUGCUGAUGUCAAGAACAUCUUGGCUGCCGUUGGUAUUGAAGCCGAAGAAGAACGUUUGAACACCUUGAUCUCUUCCCUCGAGGGUAAGAAUGUUGAAGAGCUCAUUGCUGAAGGUAAGGAAAAGAUGGCCUCUGUUCCUACUGGUGGUGCUGUUGCUGCCUCUUCCGGCGCUGCUGCUGGUGGUGCUGCCGAUGCUGCUCCUGCUGAAGAAAAGGAAGAAGAAAAGGAAGAAUCCGAUGAUGAUAUGGGUUUCGGUCUCUUCGAUUAA